AAAGGGUCAUAUAUCAAGUAUUAGAAGAAGUCAUUCGCUAAGUAUUCAAAGGAGCCGUUCACUAUCUGUUCAAGAUUCAAGAGGCCAUUCGUCAUCCAUCAAGAAUCUAAGAGGUCAUAAUAAUAACCAUUCAUCUACCAUCAUAGACUCAAGAAAAUUUGGUAAUAGCCGUUUAUCAAAGGAUAUAAUAAUGGCCCUAAGUAAAGUCAUUAAUGUACUUACAGAAGAG